CGCUCACACUGGAGAGCAGAGAAUUGAGCGGCCAUAUCUGCAGCUGCUGCCGCAGUUGUGAAUGCAGCAUCUGUGCUUAACUGCCUCUGUGUCGCUAAGGUUCGCGACGCUAUCCUGUGGCCCUUCGCUGUUUCUGCCUUACUCUCGCUGGAGGAACCCGCUUAGACUCUCCUGCCUGCCACGCUCCUUCCACGCCACACACCAGCUCCUCUGACUAUGGAUCCCAGCGGCAGCGGCAGCAGCAGCAGCGAUUCGGCUCCCGACUGCUGGGAUCAGGUGGACAUGGAAGCCCUGGGUUCGGCCCCAUUCGGGGAUGGACUCUGUUCUGCAGUGGCCGAGGCCCAGAGCAAGCAUCUCAGCACUGCCUUCAGAAGUCAGCUCAACAUCAACGCAAAACCCUUCGUACCUAACGUAAAUUCCACGCCAUCCUUCCUGCCCGCCUCGGCCCUGCUGUCCGCGCCCCCAACCAGCAACUCCAACGAUGACGAAACCUGCACCGGCGCGGGAGACCCUCAAGGUAAAAGGCUGGGAUGGGGGGCACCUGUGGAACCUUCCAAAGAUGGACCUAUAGUGCCUUGUGAAGGUUCCAGUUCAGCUGUUGCCAUGGAACUUUCAGAACCUGUUGUAGAAAACGGAGAGGUGGAUAUGGUCCUGGAAGAAUCAUGGGAACGUAAAGAAGUAAGUGAAUCAGAGCCUGGGGGUUCUUUGGGAGAUUCAGGGCCCCCAGAAGAAAGUGGAAAGGAAAUGAUGGAGGAGAAAGAGGAAAUAAGGAAAUCAAAAUCUAUGGUCAUACCCUCAGGUGCUCCUAAGAAAGAACAUGUAAAUGUGGUGUUCAUUGGGCAUGUAGAUGCCGGCAAGUCAACCAUUGGAGGGCAAAUAAUGUUUUUGACUGGGAUGGUUGACAAAAGGACACUUGAGAAGUAUGAAAGAGAAGCUAAGGAGAAAAAUAGAGAAACUUGGUAUUUGUCCUGGGCCUUAGAUACAAACCAGGAAGAACGAGACAAGGGUAAAACAGUAGAAGUGGGUCGUGCCUAUUUUGAAACAGAAAAGAAACAUUUCACUAUUUUAGAUGCCCCUGGCCACAAGAGUUUUGUUCCAAAUAUGAUUGGUGGUGCUUCUCAAGCUGAUUUGGCUGUGCUGGUAAUCUCUGCCAGGAAAGGAGAAUUUGAAACUGGAUUUGAGAAAGGUGGACAGACAAGAGAACAUGCGAUGUUGGCAAAAACAGCAGGGGUUAAAUAUUUAAUAGUGCUUAUUAAUAAAAUGGAUGAUCCCACAGUCAAUUGGAGCAGUGAGCGAUAUGAAGAAUGUAAGGAAAAACUGGUGCCCUUUUUGAAAAAAGUUGGCUUCAGUCCAAAAAAGGACAUCCACUUUAUGCCCUGCUCAGGAUUGACUGGAGCAAAUAUUAAAGAGCAGUCAGAUUUCUGUCCUUGGUACACUGGAUUACCAUUUAUUCCUUAUUUGGAUAAUUUGCCAAACUUCAACAGAUCCAUUGAUGGACCAAUUAGGUUGCCAAUUGUGGAUAAGUACAAGGAUAUGGGCACUGUGGUCCUGGGAAAGCUGGAAUCAGGAUCCAUUUUUAAAGGCCAGCAGCUUGUGAUGAUGCCAAACAAACACAAUGUGGAAGUUCUAGGAAUACUUUCUGAUGAUGCUGAAACUGAUUUUGUAGCCCCAGGUGAAAACCUCAAAAUCAGACUGAAAGGAAUUGAAGAAGAAGAGAUCCUUCCAGGCUUCAUACUUUGUGACCCUAGUAAUCUUUGCCAUUCUGGACGUACAUUUGAUGUUCAGAUAGUGAUUAUUGAGCACAAAUCCAUCAUCUGCCCAGGUUAUAAUGCGGUGCUUCACAUUCAUACUUGUAUAGAGGAAGUUGAGAUAACAGCCUUAAUCUCCUUGGUAGACAAAAAAUCAGGAGAAAAAAGUAAGACACGGCCCCGCUUCGUGAAACAAGAUCAAGUCUGUAUUGCCCGGUUAAGGUCAGCAGGAACUAUCUGCCUGGAGACUUUUAAAGAUUUUCCUCAGAUGGGUCGUUUUACUUUAAGAGAUGAGGGUAAGACAAUUGCAGUUGGAAAAGUUCUGAAACUGGUCCCAGAAAAGGACUAAGCAAUUUCACUGAUGCCACUGUACCACACUGUGCAGGGAAAUGACUGCAGUUUACUGCCCGUUCAUAGACUUUUGUCCAUAUUUUGCAAAGAGAAAUUUCACCGCCAAAAUCCAUGUUUUGUCAGCUUUCUUAUGUUGAGAGCUCAGUAGUGUCACUGUUAAAUUCAUUCUCCAGUUUCUUCCCUCUGUACCACUCUGCUUUCUUGGAAAGAUCAGUAAUAGCUUUGUAAGUGAUGUGUAUGUCUAUAAUAAUGAAAAAUAAUAUAUUUUUAAUUUUUCAUUUUCCUUUAGCAUAUCUAAACAUCCUUUGUUCUGUGCAGAUCAAUCAGAGUGUGCCAGUGUGUAUAUGUUAAUGGAGACAACUAAUAUGUGAAUAAAAUAUUCCAUUUGAAA